UGAUGGGUCUCAGUAGAUCUGAAAUUGUCACCUGGGGAGUUCAGCAUUAAGAAGUACUACAGAUCUUUGCAAACAUGAUGAUCUUAAGAGUGGAAGAGCUGGUUACUGGCAAAAAGUGUGAGGACAAAGAGAAUGGAGAACAGGAGAAGUUCAGAGGAGGAGAAUAUGAAUCAGCAGUUACCAAAGAGAAGCACGAUGAUCUGAAAUCACACAACGAGGUCCUGCCUUUGAAACAGAACUUCCAAAAUGAGAACGAGAAAAAAGCAACGGUGAGAAAAGUUGAACUGAAGCCUAAGCUUGAGACUCUGGAUGAUCUUCAAAUCAUUGUGAAUCUGAAGAAGAGGAAGAGAGUGAAGAGAGUGCCAGCUGCAAAAAAAGAACCAGAGCCAGAAGUCAUACCUGAUGUAGUGGAUGUCACCACAUUCUUGAAAGCUGCAGUGGAGAAUAAAUUACCUGUGGUUGAGAAGUACCUUGCAGAUGGUGGUGAUCCCAAUGCUUGUGAUCAGUUUCAAAGGACAGCAUUGCACAGAGCAUGCUCAGAAGGCCAUAUGGAAAUUGUGAAUAAAUUACUUGAAGCUGGGGCUUUGAUUGAAAACAAAGAUAAGCUUCAUUCCACUGCUGUCCACUGGGUGUGUCGUGGUGGAUCCCUUCCUGUUCUGGAGCUGUUAUUAAACAAAGGGGGGAAUUUCAAUGCAAGAGACAAGUUGCGUAGUACUCCUUUACAUGUAGCUGUCAGGACUGGACAUUAUGAAUGUGCUGAACAUCUCAUUGCUUGUGGAGCAGACAUCAAUGCAAAAGACCUGGAAGGAGACACUUCCUUGCAUGAUGCUGUGAGGUUGAACCGUUUCAGAAUCAUUAGGCUUUUGCUUAUGUAUGGAGCAAACGUGACCACUAAGAAUUCUGAUGGGAAGUCCCCAAUGGAGAGUGUACUUCAGUGGCAGAGUGCAGCAAAAAACAUCUUGACUAGCUUUGUGGAAGAGCCAAGCAAGUCCCCAAAUUAAAGCACUUUGAAGACGUGGCAAUGCCAACCAACAAUUACCUACAGAUGUACAACUUUGUGAAGAAAGCAUGUCAUGAACUUGCAUUCAGAAAAUAUGCUAUGCAGAAAUGUGUUAACUUAUUUAUUGAUCUUUACUUCUGAAGCUUAAACUGUAAUUUAUUUAUUUAUUUAAUUUAAAAGACCAAGGGAUGAGCAGAAAAUACUUGUAUUUUUAAUGAUUAAUUAUUUAUUGUGUUGAAAGCAGGCUAUAUUUUAAUUAAUUGAUUUGGCUGGUAGUAAAUCAAAGGGAUCAGAAGAGGUUAUCUUUGAAAGAAAUACUGAGAUUUUACUUUAAGAAAAUGCCUAUUGGGUUAAUGUGAUCUGACAAAAGCACAUUCAAUAUGAAAUUUAAAAAGCAGCACACCUAAUUCGGUUCCAUGUAUAACUGAUGAUACUGUAUUCAAUAUUUUAGCAAACAAUUCUCUUCAGGAAUAUUAGAAGGAUUUUUAGCAAUGUCAAUUUUUAGCAGUAAUAAUAUUUUUAUAUAUAUAAAGUACUACUUGGAUGACCAGUGUACACAAGCCUGUGGAAUGUGAUUUAACUAGUUAAGUGUCAGACCCACAUUAUACUAGAGACUGCUGAAUUUAAACAGACAGAAUGUAGCGAAGGACUGAGCAGCUGUUGAGAAAAAGAGCAAACAAUGUUAUGAGGCCAUACUGUCAAUAUAGGAGAUUCUAAUGCACUACUGUAAUUUUUAUACCUCUUAAUGUAAAGUAUAUAUGUACAUUUUACAAAUAUUUAACUAUUUAGUUUUUUAGCGACCGUAUGUACAAUAAAAAUGCAUUGAAAUUUC